ACACUUUAUAUAUAAAACACAUCAACCCAUAUACACAAUCAUAUUAUAUUUUAUAUUUAAACUAUUCAUAUAACACCGUUUUGUGUGCACAAUGAUCUGUAGCUGAACAUUGAGCCAGGGGAUUAAUACAUUGCACCUUCCAUGAUGAUUCACGUUAUACGUUUAACAUUUUGCAGAGAUUAUUUUGCAACAUUGCAAUAUUUUGUCAUUCGGCUAUAAACAUGAUGGCUGUGAACGUAAUUCCAUUAUUGUUAUUAAUAUUUAUAUAUAGAUGAGACCAUACUUUAUGUAUAAUAAAAUAAUUACAAUAUAUAAGAAUCCGGUGUCUUUAUGUGUGACUAAAGGAAGUGCCAGUGGAAAAUGAUUUCCACGAGAUGCUUGCUGCAGCGCUUCCCAUGUCAUACUUGCUGAAUACAUAUUUAACAAGUAAAAGUCACAAAUGAAAACAACAUAUAAACAGCAAUAUGAAGACUCCUACAAAGAAUAAUAGAAAUACAUAUGAUUCACUAGCAGUGUCCCAGUAUAUAGAAACUAAUAGUGCAGCCAGAUUAAGUAGAUCAUCUAAUCCAUUCAGUAAAUCCCAGUACAUAGAUGACGAUAAUAGGUUCUAUACAUCUUCUCAUAAAGAGAUAAUUACAACUCCAUCUAAGAGAUCAUAUCACCGUGAAGAGGGUUCUGUUUAUUCUGCGUCUAGUUACAAAAGGUCAAAGAUAAACAGCCUUACGCCCUACGGACUACAGAAUAAAGCUCUUCAUAGCGGACAUGACGUAAACAUUUGGAUGGAAAAGUCGGAACUGUUGACAAAAAUGACAGAGAAUCAAUAUAAAGCAAACAAAGCGUUACAAAAUAUAUCAGCAUUACUGAGGGAAGUUGACAGAUCUACCGCCCAAUUAAAACACAUGGGAUUAUUUCGAUGAAUUACGUACUUCAUUCCACAUAGUGCUUCCGUCUCACUUUCGGGAAGUGUAUGACAUCCUUUAUGUUUUGGAUCCCAAGUAAAAACAUGAUCAUACGCUCAAAGCCGAUUCCGAAACCACCAUGGGGAACAUUACCAAACUUUCGUAGCUCAAGAUACCUGUGAAUAUAUAAAAAGACUCU